AUGAUACCUCAAUUUUCUCAAUACCCAUCACAAAAACCUUCAUAUCCCCAAACAUCUCAUCCCAUUCCAAAUUACCAACAACCUCCACAACAAGGCCAAUCAAGUGGUAACCAUCAAAUGAGCCUUCAAGAACUUUUCACUUAUCUUGCUCAAAGCCAAACCCAAUUUCAACAAGAGACCAUGAACACUUUCUCCAAUAUUCAAGCACAAAUUGGAUACUUGGCCACCGCUUUCAACAAGAUGGAACAAAGGGCUACUCCAAAGGAACCGAUUGAGCCAAACAUUGAUCAAAUCGAAUCUUCCAACAAGACCAUCAAGCCAUUAGUCAUACCACCACAUUUUCCCUCCUGGUUAGCUCCCUCAAAGAAACAAGAGGAAGAGAAAGAGUUUCUUAAGACUUUCCGCAAGGUCCAAAUCAAAAUUCCACUAUUGGAUGCCAUAAAACAAAUUCCGUGCUAUGCCAAGUUUCUUAAGGAUUUGUGCACCAAUAAGAGGAAAUUUAAGGCAAAUGAAAAGAUUCAAGUCAAUUCAAAUGUGUUCGUGGUCAUCCAAAAGAAGUUACCUCCCAAAAGCAAGGAUCCGGGAAUAUUUGCUAUCCCAUGUACCAUUAGUGAUUUGCAUGUCGAAAGUGCUAUGUUAGAUCUUGGAGACUCGAUCAAUGUGAUGCCGUAUUCGGUUUUUGAAUCUCUCAAUAUUGGACCUUUGGAAGAAACCGGAGUAAUCAUUCAAUUAGCGUACAAGUCAAGUGUGUCUCAAAGAGGAGUGUUGGAGGAUGCGUUAGUACAAGUUAAUAAACUUGUUUUUCCCACACAUUUUUAUGUAAUUGAUAUUGAAGAGAAGAAUCCUUCUAAAUCAUCUAUGAUCCUCCUUGUAAAACCUUUCAUGAAUACUGCUCACACAAUCAUUGAUGUCCAUAAAGGAAAGAUAACUAUGGAGUUCAAUGGAGAGACCAUUCACUUCAACAUCUUUGAAGCAAUGAGGUACCCUAGCAACAUUUAUCCAUUGUAUUGGGUUGAUGUGAUUGAGAUAAUAAAUGAGAUAAGCCCUACUAUAUGCACACACAAGAUUUUCAUGGAAGAUGAUUGUAAACGUAAAAGAGAAGCUCAAAUAAGAUUAAAUCCUCCAAUGAUGGAAGUGAUCAAGAAAAAGAUAAUUAAAAGGUUCAAAAUGUGCAAAGAGAAGAAAAAGGCAUUUCAUGAAAAGCACAUAACCUAA